CUGACAAAUGUUUUUCUUUUCUUCGCCCCCUUUUCUUGCUUUCCUCAUUUUCUUCUUCUUUUUUUCUUAGUCAGUAGGGACAAUCAUCCCCGUCUGUCGCCCCUCUCCCAACGUAUAGUGCCAAGCAAUCUUGUGACAGGUAGCAUGUAUUUUGUUAAUAACACUCUGAAUUCAGUCAAAUUACCCACAAAAUUCAGCCCAAUCCCCCCUACCUCAUUCAAACCAGUCCAUUUUAUGACCUAUUAUGACCAAUUGGUCUAAGUCAAAUAGUGGCGUCAUUUGCGUGGUUGUUCAGUAGACCGAACCAGAUAGUAGUCCUCCACGGUUUUGAAGUGUGAGGUCCUUGUAACAGCGGGCCAAACAACAUAACAACUUGCUCCGCUCAAUCCGUUCGACCACGCUUCAGCAACUACUACACUUAUUCGCUCAUCUUCAUAUUGCAUAUCUUCACAACUGAUGGGGACUUUUCUUUGGAAUAGCCUACUCGCCAAUGGAUCUUUAUGAUUUUAUUCAUUUUAUUAACUGCGUCAGCCAGUCUCCAGGACAAGCAAUGCUGGAUUUUCAGAAGUAUAUUGGUGUCAUCGCAGUUCUGAAUAAAAAAAAACAUAUUACGAACAAAUUUUCAGAAGGAAAUAAUAGGAAUAUAUUUUUGUAACCAGCAAAUAUUACCUCUAUCGAAGCUGACGAUCUUUGUUUGCCGUUUUCACCACUUUACACUUUUAUCCAUUUCGGAAUAGUUUAUUUGAUAUAAGAAGUUUUCGUUAAAAUGAUAUUAAGACCGGAAGAUGAAAAUACCACGGGCCAACAGAGAAGGGUAUCAUUCACUGGAGUCGGAGCUUCUCGGACGAGUCUGUGCGCUUCGCCCGAUGACGAAAAGGAUGCUUAUUGUAACGAACGUUUGAGUCAAAGCAAUGGUAAUGAUAAAAAUCCAAGUUCAGUUCCAAGUUCAUGCGAUGUUAAUGACGAUGUAAAGAGCGAGGAUGGUCAUGAUGGUACGGUCAAUGAUGAGGACGACCAAUCAGGACAUGAUUACCGUGAAGAUGACGAGAUGUUGGUAAGCAGAAACCAUUUCCGCAACGAAGGUGUUGGCGCGAAUGGAAGAGAUGACAAGGAGGUCGAACGCAAUAAUGGCGUCGAAAAUGAGCAAGAGGACCACCAGUUUUCUGCCAACGAAGUAGACGAUGAUGAGAGUUCGAAGACAUCAGCCUCUCGGGAUGAAAACGGAGUUGACACUGACAACAGCCUAAAGGGCGAGGAAUCGUUAGGAGACCAACAUGUUCCAGCACACAGGGACGAGCGUGAAGUCGAGGGCGUUGAUGACGUCGAAAAAGAGCAAGAGGAUCCUCAGUUUUCUGCCAACGAUGUAGACGACGAUGAGAGUUCGAAGACAUCAGUCUCUCGGGAUGAAAACGGCAUGCACGGGGACAACAGCCAAGUGUGCGAGGAAGUGUUAGGAGACCAACAUGUUCCAGCACACGGGGACGAGCGUGAAUCUGUGGAUGAUGACCAGCGCCAUCCGACAUCAUCACAUUCAUUAGAAAUAAAAGGCUCGAUGUCGAUGGACUCCCUGCAGUCAUCAUCUCAUCAUGGUCAGAACUUUGACGCAAAACCAUAUCAAGGCGACUCGACGCCAAGUCUUCAAAGGUCGGCGAAACGUCAGAGUGAAACGAGCCGUAAAUGUUCAGAUGCGAGUACAAGUGCCACCAGAAGUCGACGAUCGUCAUCCUCAUCGUCGUCUGGGUCGUCAUCGGGGUCUAGUACCGAAUCAUCAUCGGGGAGUGAUUCGGAUUCAAGUUCUACCGAUUCAGACUCUGAGUCGUCUUGCUCCUCUUCCUGUUCGUCAUCGUCGUCGUCGUCGUCGUCAUCGAGUAACUCCGAUAGCAGUUCGUCUGACUGUUCGUCAUCAUCGUCCGGAAGCGAUUCGGCCUCAUCGUGUACCGAUGAUAUGGAAAGGCAGAAUUACAAUACUCGAGCUGGAAAACGAUAUCGUGUUUCCUCGAAAAAGUCCAGACGGGUAUCGAGGUCGCAUUCUGGUCGGUUGAGUUCGGAUUCCGGUACGUCCAGUUCGGAUUCCAGUGGGUCGAGUCCUGAUUCCGGUCGGUCAAGUUUGUCGUUCGCGUCUGAAAUUCAACAACUUGAACGCAGGAAUAAGAAAAAGAAGAGCAGGGAGCCGGACGGGCUGUGUGCCCAAACUUCAACGAAGUCACAUGAAAGAAUGAAACAAUAUGAACAUUCCCAGAGAAUAGUUCAUCAAGAAACGUGUUCCCCUGUUUGCGUCAUAUCUUAAAUUGAAACACUGAAUAAAAGACGCACCCAUGGUCGGAAAUCUCAG